AUUUCUGUUUGUGUCACUUCAAAUGGCGCAGUUACGCAUGAUUCUUCUAAUGGGGAUUUUGAUCUUCUUCGUUUCUCAGGUUUCAACUGAGAUACAGAGUAAGACUGUAAGUGGAGCAAACCGAAGGCUGAUGGAAGAGGUAGAUUGUGAUGGGUUAUGUUUAACAAGGUGCAGUCUGCAUUCAAGACCAAAUGUGUGCACAAGAGCAUGCGGGACAUGUUGCGUGAGGUGCAAAUGUGUACCACCGGGUACAUUUGGAAAUAGAGAAGUUUGUGGAACAUGUUACACUGACAUGACUACCCAUGGUAAUAAGACCAAAUGCCCUUGAUGAUGCCAUAUCGUGUGUUGUUGUUCAUGGGUAACUGGCCUUAUUUUGUUACUCAACCAGUAGAAGACU